AUGGCGGGGCGGCGGCGGGCGCUGCUGCUGCGCUGCCUCCUGCUGGGGCUGCUGGGCGGCGGCGGCGGGGGCCAGCCCGGCGGCGGCGAGUACUGCCACGGCUGGGUGGACGGGCAGGGCGGCUACCACGAGGGCUUCCAGUGCCCCGAGGGCUUCGACACGGCGGCCGCCACCAUCUGCUGCGGCUCCUGCGCGCUGCGCUACUGCUGCGCCGCCGCCGAGGCCCGCCUGGAGCAGGGCGGCUGCACCAACGACCGGGAGCCCCCGGACCCGGGAGUCACCGCCCAACCAAUCUACGUUCCAUUCCUCAUUGUUGGAUCAAUAUUUAUUGCCUUCAUUAUCGUGGGCUCUCUGGUAGCCGUUUAUUGUUGCACAUGUUUAAGACCUAAACAACCGUCGCAGCCAAUACGAUUUUCUCUGCGGAGCUAUCAGACCGAGACUCUUCCCAUGAUCCUGGCCUCGACAAGCUUCAGGACGCCAUCGAGGCAGUCCAGUACCGCGACAAGUUCCAGUUCGACCGGCGGCUCAGUUCGCAGGUUCUCCUUUCCCUGGGCAGAACCAGGGUGCCUUGUGGCAUCGUCACCUCCACCGUACCCAUCUGGCUGCUUCCAGACGGCCCAUGCAGUCCACCUGACCCAGCCGUCGGGAUUUCUGGUGUCACCGCCAUACUUUGGGUAUCCUCUCCAGCCAGAGCCUGCCCUGGCUGGGAAGAGCUGCUCGGAUUUUAGUCAGAGCUGA